UUUAACAGAGAAAAGUUAGGCCCAUCAAUAGCUGGUGAUGACAUUUUGCUAACAUAGUGACCCACGGGGAGGCUACUAUAUCGAAUCCGAUUCGAUUGUAAUUUGUGGUGGUCACGCAUACGCCUAAUACUUAACUGAUUUGCACCUAUUUCUGGAUGCGGUGUUUAUGAACGUAUACGGUACAAGCGUAGGACCCUGGCUGUAGAUUUUGUUUAUGACAUUCGUAAACACCGUUUUGAUAGCUACUGUACUCAUCAUUUUGCUAUUUUGUGCAUAAUUUGUGGUUUUGGAUAUUCAUUAUGGCAGAACUUAUUGUGACGACGACAAUAGCUUUUGAAAUUUUUAUUUCUCAGUGAACCGAUAAAUCACCAAUAUCCAAAGGGGGUUUUUUCGGAGAUUUUUCUAGUCAAGCGCAUUGACGUGAAUCAUAGAUUGCUAUAGCAACGUUCGUAACAUUGCUUAAUCAUCAAAAUUAAAUCGACCCAUCGACUGUUUCGACUAUUAUAUUCAAGAGGUGAGAUACUGUAGUUGAAAUAGACCUAGUACCGUAGUUUUCGAUUAAGAUGAACACCGAAAAGCUUGAACUGUUACCAGAACUGCACGCUGCUAUUAGGAAAGGCAUGUACAAUGAUGUACGAACCAUUAUCUUCUCGGGAUACAGAGUUAUUAACAUUCGGGACCCUGAAAGAAGAACUCCGUUAUCAGUUUGCUGUUUCAUCGAACAGGAAGAUUGGGCAGUAGGUAUUGCAAGAAUGCUAUUAGAAAAUGACGCCAAAGUAGGUCUAACAGAUCGUCAGGGACGAAACGCAUUAAUUCAUGCUUGUAUUUACCAGCGAAGCCAAUUGGUGUCACUGUUCCUCAAAGCCAUCGAUUUUGAUCUCGAUCAUCGUGAUCGUUUUGGAAACACAGCAUUAUUUUAUGCAUCUUCAACUGGAAACACUGAAAUAGUGAGUGCUCUUGUGGACAAAAUGCUGAAAUUCAAACUGGGAGUUGAUCAAGUGAACAGAUGGCGGAUGAGCGCUUUAAUGGAAGCCUGUCGGCUAGGUCAUAUCCAUUGUGCCAACUUGUUAAUGUCUGAAGGCAAGGCAUCCACAGAUCUUCGGGACAAGAUUUUGGGAAAGAGCGCACAAGAGUGGUUACAAGAUCAUGAAGGACGUCAACAAAUCUCUGAAACUUGCCCAAGAAAACUGCUAAGACGGAAACAACAAGCUGUAAGUGUUUCUCAAGAAUUUUAUAAGAAUAUUGGUAUUAGAUCACAAACGCAAUUUGAGUUCAGGUCUAGUGGUAAUUUUUACGGAAUACCAAAACAGGAACAAGAAAGACCAAGGAGCAUGUGUGUUUCGCGGGUGAACCGAGUUCGAGUGAAAUGCGUACGGAGGAACUGGAUCCAGGAAGCAAUCGGUAAUGACAUCAUUAAUAAGAACUUUCAAACUUGUCUCUAUAAUAAAAAUACACUUCAAAAUGAGGCCAGAAUGACAUCCUUUUCUACGUCAUCAAAUACAUUCCCGGGAAUACAUCACUGGCGAGGGGAUUUUAGACAGUUGUAUCAGAAAUUCGAAGUAUUUGUCUCAAGUUCAUUUCGAAAAAAUGCAAUCCCUAACCUACAGCCACCGCCACAGCGUUCUCUUACAAGAGAAGACACCAACCAGUCGAUAGGAAUAAAUGACGAGGGUGCUGCUAAGGGCUCCCAUAAAAACAGUAGUCGUAUACCAAGUAGACCUACUACUGGAUCGGAGAGAACACAUUCGUCAGGAAAAUAUGUCUCUAAAAAGGCAGAAAUGUCCAUGGGGAAAGGGCAAAUGAAACAUAAAAGAGAUGAUGCGGCAUCUAAUGCAGCGCGUAUACUCUCGAGUUCUUUUCGACGUCGUAAUCCAAGUCAGAAAUAACGUCACGUAUCAGGAAUUGUGCGUUCAAAGGAUACAAGACAAGAUAACAAAACCAGGACUACGUCACCACCCACUCCAAUGUCCCUGGUUUGACUACCAAACUAUUAUAUUAAUUGCUUCUUUAGAGAUUCAAACACUGCCUUGACUUCUUCAACAACGUAUUUCAACAUAAAACAUAGCAGGACCGUAGCCACGAGAACUGAAGUGGUCAUUUUGCGAGCGCAGCGAGCAGAGGCUGGGACUAAGGACUAGGGGGCAGCCAAGAUCUCCCGGUCAGGAUUCAGGGGCUGAAGACUCCUUGAAAAAAAUUGCUAUUUUUACCUUGUAAUACACCUAUUUUAAUGAUGUUCUGUAGUAGUAAUCUAAUAUAUUUGUAUAAAAAUAUGUUUUAAACUACCAUCAGGUAUAUGGUGAAGCAAAACAAAACACUUUAAAUUCAAAACAGGCAGGUUUAUUCAAGAGAAAUAUUAUUACUCACAGCAUUGUUGUUAUUUUAGUAUUUUUGCCUUUCGACAUUGACAAACUUUUGGAUUAUGGCUACCGGAAACUACGGCCCUGCAUAGUAACAAAAAUGCUGACAUUGGAUUGGGUCAGCUUUAAUGUUAACUUUGCCGGCUAUAACUCUAUUACCAUCGCAACGUUGACUGUGGUAAAGCUUGGUUUCCAUACAAUCGCUAUCGCCGACAGCUUUCUGUGAUGCUGAUUGGUCGACUGUCGCCGAAAGUUGUCGGGAAGGUUGAACCUGGUUCAACUUUGCCAAUUGCGUUGCAGACGAAUCAACUAACUGCCCUGAGGCAAUCGGGAAGGCGACUGUCGCCGAUAGGUUGAGCAAUUGUAUGGAAACCGAGCUUAAUCGGCGAGCCUUCCAAUUGCGUCGGGAACUGCUACGCUGUGCAACGAUAGCCCUUAAAACACUGUAGUAGUGACAGUAGCGAUUGUAUUUAAACGCCCCGUUUGAAUAAACGCCUUCUCCGGCCAAUCCUCAUUUGGAAUAAACGCCCAUGGGCGCCUAUUUUUUCCUCGAAUAAACGCCCCACUAAAUGAUUGUAAAAUAAAACUGAUGGAAGCAACAUUAUUUUCAACACAUUCUGUUAAUAUUCUAUUCCAGUAGGAUUACAUUUUUCCUAACCUUGUUGGGAUGAAUAAGUCUUAUGAUCACGCAAUAACACACUUUGAAGGUACUUAGGCCUAUGUGUUGUAGUUCACAUUUACAGUGAAAUUAAGGGAAUUUAUUUGAGUGUAUGUAACCAUUCACACCAAAAAAAUAAAAUAAAUAAAUAAAAAUAAACGACUCCCUCGAAUAAACUCCCCCUCAAAAUUCGAAUAAAUACAGUAACGUUUUAUUAAUAAUUAUGUACUUUACUUUUCGUACAAAUUAUUGAUUUUUCAUCUCAAUGUAUAUACAGAACCGUGCUAAGCCAUCUUUAAUAUUUACAAAAUAUGAUUAUUGUUGGCCUUAUCAGAGGUAUUGAUUGUAUAGAAAUACUUUUU